CACUUGCCACUACAACCUUUCCAAAUCCGCAUGGUGUGCCUACGCAGUUUGCGUCUGCCUCUACAGCUGGAGUCUCCAAUUCCAUGGGUGAUCUAGGGAAAGAUGCCCCGGUCGCCUUGUCCCCACAAUAUUCGCUUCCUGCUACUCGGCUUGCGCACUACUGGUUUGAAGAAGGAGACCAAAAGCCAACCGUCCUUCCCGGUGCGGAUCGCUCCGUCUUCUGGACCCGACCUCAUGAAACGCGAGCGGAUUCCCCUCCGAUGCGAAACCUGCUAGCAUACAUGACAAGAGUCCCGCGCCAACGACACUUUGACAAAAGCCGUGGAGAGACCGAACUAGACGCAGCCUUCCUAGAUUCAUACGACUCGAGUACGGCUGAUGACAGCUACAUUGACUUGAUGACAGCCGCGGAUGACCCUUCGAGCAGUCAAGAUGAUAGGCGGCUAAAGCAAUUGAGACUGAUUCAAGAUUUUAUUGAAGCCGUUCAACUGGGCACACCAAACGCUGCCUUUGAUGAAAGCUCGG